ACGGCAGUGACGGCGGAGCACGAGCAGGUGAGGGGCGGCGCCUUCGUCGGACGGCUAGCCACGGCGGAGGAGAAGGCGGACGCCAUGGGUGCGGCUACAGACGAGGCGGAGGAGAAGGCGGACGCCGUGGGCUUGCUGCACGGCUACAGCCGAGGCGGAGGAGAAGGCGGACGUCGUGGGCGUUCAUGGAGGAUGGUACGCCGGCGCCGGCCGCCAGUCCUCUCUGGCCUCCUCCGUGGUAUCCUUCUCAACCUCCGCUGCUCCUAUCGUUAUUUGGAUGGAAAAUUGGAGGCCGGCCGUGUCCUUCUCCAACACAAAUUGAUGUAGUGCCCGACCCGGAUUUGAUUGGCUGCUAUAAGAAGCAAGGGUCCUCGGCCGGAAUCUCCAUCAGGUUUUGCCCUUCGACCAUAAUCUCCAUCAUCCUGUCGAAAUUGCAAUUUUUGAACAAACAUCCAAUGUCGCCGCCAAGUACGCCGGAGGAAGAAGCGCCGAGUUCGCCAGAGGAACAAGAACGCCCGCCGAGUCCUGUGGUGGCUACACGAGAGGUAUGUAUCCCCUCGAAGCUACGCCACGGCGCGGUAGAGCCUGAAGUUCAUCAAAACUUGACCUGACCGUCACUGACGCCACCUUGCUGCCGCUGUUGCUGGAGAUGAGCUGAAUAGCAAGCUUUGGUUGCCUCUUUGCUUCCACUUCACUGCUCUUCGACUAUCUGUAAUUGUAAAACACCUAAUACGAUUCUUCAGCACUUGAUACUGGUGGUCAUGGUCUUCUUCUCUUACUGUUGCGAGACUUGGUUUUAGUUAGUAAUCUUGAGAUCAAGUGUACUUGUGGAUUGCUUAGAUGGAGGACCACUGUUGGUUUUGUACUUAGAUGCAAUUGUGAAUCAUGUACGGUUCAAUUCAGAUUCAUGUGGUAUUUUUCCUAGAUUUGUGCCUGCCUGAACAUUAUUACUAUUAAACUAUGAAUAAUGAUUUUUGCAACUGUAGGAGAAUUUCUUUGCCGCAUCACAAGAAAAACAAUUUGAAACAGAGAACUGCACAUUAUGACUAUCAAAAAAAUUAGUGGACAUGAAAGCAGUAUAAAUACUUGCACCGAACUGUAUGAUUUGUUGAGCCAAGUGUCGAGUCUGAUAUGGCAUCUUUAUGCUUUCAGAGAAGCGCCUCUCUGAAAUUCACAGUUUUGAACCAAAAGAGACACAUCUAGAAAAUGAUUGCAUGAGUGGUUCCAGUGUCAUGUACGUCAACAUGGUUGGAGAUUUGGGAUCGGAUGUUGCGCCAAGAGCGAGGGACCAAGGUGCUGAACUAACAGCAGGGGGGAGGGUGAUUCUUCAGCUAACUGCCAAGAAUCAUAUAAGGAUGCAUCUAAUGAGGGAGCUGCAUAAAUUUGGAACAACUUCCAGAACAGGCAUCCAAGCAUUUUGGUCUGCUACCAGUAAGCUGCCAGUGCAAGAUAGCUGGGAGUCUGGGAUGUCGAGUCGUCGAGCCGUCCAAUGCCAAGUUCGCCAGCGGAAGGAGAACAUCUGUCAAGCCGUCCGUCGCCUGAGGCGGCUACACCAGAGGUCCGUGGGUUACUACUCCUUUGCUCUUGCUGGUGACCGGCCUCAAGAGUAGCACUUGCUUGAGAUCUGAUCUAGAACUGAAUUGUGCCCUGCUUUGCUGUGGUCAUAUGCUCUGCGUCCACCGAUGAGUUUCAGAUACAGAUUAGGACCAAAAUUGGAGUAGGUUCAGUCACGCAAAUGUUGUAUCACUUUGUCAUGGGUAUUGUGCUGCUGAAUUGCUUGUUGGACUGUUCAAACUAAAGUCGUCCAGUCAGUUUGCUACAA